AUGGCACUGAUGGUAGUCGCUGAUCCGUACACCGGGCUCUCUGAAUUACAACGCGUUCUUAAGCCUGGUGGCCGAAUCGCUACAUCUACCUGGGCAUACGAGGGCUGGGUCCCCGCCACUCGCGAAGCGGUCGCAGACCUCAGGCUGCCUGGCCAGAAGCCCGUGCCAUGGCCUCAGGAGUCCCACCAGCUCACCCGGAUCUGGUCGCCGGGUGCAUGGGAGGACGAGUACUUUACAUGCGCCAUGUUCAAUGCGGCCGGCUUCGUCGACGCGACAGCCAAGACUGUUACGAAGAAUAUUACGUUUGAGACCCCAGAGCAGUUCUGCGCCGUGUUGCAGGGCCUUGAGUUGGGUGUCACGGAGAGGUACUGGUCCAGGGAGCAGAAGGAAAAGUUGCGACCGAAAUUAACUGCGACCAUCAUUAAGUAUCUCAACAAGAAGUACGGGGGAAAGCCGUUCGAGACCGAGAGGACUGCUGUGUUUGCCAGUGCAACCAAGCCUUUGGAAUGA